GCCUCUCUUCAGUUUUGCACAGAGAUCCGUGCAGCGCAGCGGAAGCAGCGCUGGUGCUCGUCCAAUGCAAAAGUACUAAGGAUUGCUGCAGCUUGCACAUACUGCGAGCCUGCUGCUGCUUCACUUGCUCUGAUCUCCACCGAGGGAGACAUUAGUAUCAGCACGGGGGCAACGGGAGGCACAGUUUACCCGUCAACAAUGUAAAUCUCACACAGUAUUCCUGGCUGUGUUCUCCUCAGUUUCAACAUGACAGCAGCAUCUCUCAGGUGGGAAGGUGAACUGCAGCACUAAAACAGGCGAAAGUGAGGGGAGACUUUGUGACAAUCACCAUCACUACAUUGCUCCUCUCUCCAUCACCCAGCAUAAUGGCCAAUGCUGAGGAAGUGGAGCGGACAGGUCUGUCAGACUUGGAGAUCAUCUCCCAGCCGGUGGAGGAUGAGAACCAGUGCUUGGCUCCUCCAGUCCAGCUGGUCAGCUUUGGCUACAGAGAUCUGCCCCUCGCGGCUCUGGACCUCUCGCUGGCCGGCUCGCAGCUGCUCUCCAAUGCAGACGAUGAUGAAAACAGGGAUGGGUCCAACUGGCUGAAGCCGUGCUGCGGGCGUCGAGUGGCCCUGUGGCAGGUCUGUCUGCUCAGCGCUGGCUUCAACUGCAUCCUGGUGGCUUGUGUGAUCCUGGUGGUACUUUUCCUGUCUUUGGAGCUGCUGAUAGACACCAAACUAUUACAAUUUUCCAAUGCGUUCCAGUUUGCCAGCAUCAUCCACUGGAUCAGCCUUAUCAUCCUGUCCCUUUUUUUUUCAGAGACCGUCUUCAGAAUUGUAGUGCUUGGGAUCUGGGACUACAUAGAAAACAAAGUGGAGGUAUUUGAUGGUGCUGUCAUCGUGCUGUCUCUGGCCCCAAUGGUGGCCUCCACAGUGGCCAAUGGGCCAAGCAGCCCCUGGGACGCCAUCAGCCUUAUCAUCACCCUACGCAUUUGGAGGGUCAAGAGGAUCAUUGAUGCGUAUGUGCUACAGGUUAAGGUUGAGAUGGAGCUGGAGAUCCAGCAGUGUGAGAAGACCAAGGCUGUGAGAGAGGAGCAGCUGGAGCGUCUCACUCAGAUCUGCCAGGAGCAGGCUUUCGAGAUCCGGCAGCUGAGGGCACAUCUGGCCCAGCAGGACCUGGACCUUGCUGCAGAGCGUGAAGCAGCCAUGCAGAUUCACCACGUGUGGGGCAAGCAGGAGAGGAGUUUUCAGGUCGUGGAAGGUUUGAUGCCCGGGGAGUCCGACGACGAGGGCGCUCAGAGGAAUCCCAGGGAGCCAUGUAUCAAUGCAGAUCCUGUUGUGCGUGAUGACAUGAACAACUAUAUCAGCCAAUAUUACAGUGAAGCAAGUAGUGAUGCUGGAGCGUCUGGCUUGGGGCCGCGGGUCAUCACCACAGCAGCCAUUGACGUCCACCCCCCCACCAGUACCAACCCCAUCCAGUCCAACCUGAUGCUGGCUGUGGAGCGGGUGGGCAGCACCGUCAGCGAGGCCUCCACCAGCAUAUCUCGGUCCAGUGGCAGCCUGACAGCCCGCCCUCACAGCCUGAGCAGCCACACCCCGGGUUCCUCUUUGACAGACUGCAGCAGCAGCACAGCUCAGGACCUCAGUCUGAGCUACGGCUCCCAUCGCUGCUGCCCUCCUUCCUUCUCAGGCCAGGACCCCUGCAGGGACCCCUGCAGGGACCCCUGCAGGGACCCCAGCGUUGUGGUGCAGGAGCUACUCUCUUCUCUCUCAGAGGACUCUUGCCUUGCUCAGAAGGGCCUCGCAGUAGACCCUGUCAACUUUAAGCUUCCCAGUCCUACUGGCUCUGAAAACGCCAGCCCUGAGCUGGAGAACAGAAUAAACAUCUUCAAUCGCAGAAACCAGGGAUGCGUUCUGCUGCAGACCAAACCACUGAUCCAUCUGCAGGGCAGCACCGCUGAGCCAUCUCUGGAGGAGAAGUACCGGCUGCUAGGCCCGGCCGACUCAUCUCUGGGGCACAUGCCUGACACAUAAGUUACAUUUAUGCCCAAUCCGAAGCUUUUAUGCUCUUUUUACCGCCAUCCUGUGUGGCAUUUAUCUGAUCUCUUGUGACAGGUCAAAACUCAUGAGAAAAUUAGAUUUUUCUGUUGCUGUGUAAAUUAAAUCUUAGCUAAAUCCGAGCAAGCUUGAGCUGUAGCUUCCAGCUAAAAGUAAAGUUCCUUCAUUAGACGUGUUCAGCAGUCGAUAGUAGAUAUGAGAAAAUUAAUGCUUAGGCCCUUUGCCAUACUGUCCAACCUUCCUUUGCUUCCCCUUAAUGGAUUUUUGAAACAAGACAAGCCCAAAUAUAGCACAAAAAAAGAGACUAGAACAUCCCAGUCACUGGGAGUCAGCUGUGUUCUCAGACACAUCCUUCAUCAGGAAUCUUUUGAACUCUGAAAAGGUCAGAAAUGCACCGAACUUCACAAGAAUUAAAACCAGCAAAGGGCCAUCCAGGCCUAUACUGAACAGGAACCUAAAUGCUGAACAAAUUUCAAGCGGUUAUAGGGGUGUUUUCUAUUACAUUUGUAUUUUCUUUCUUUUCCUUUGUAUUAUCGACUUUGUCAAACAUGCUGUUCUUUGUUCAAACAGACACAGGGUACAUAACACAGAACUAACUACACAAACAGCCGGUUUUUUACCUUCGCCUUUCCCUCUCCCAUAUGUUUGAUUUGAAACCAUGAACCAUGAUCAAAAACCUGCUGAACAGCAUUUUUUCUCCCCCCCAAGAAAUAUUAGUAAUGGUAUAUUUGUGUGAUUGAAAUGACAAGGUAACUGAAUGGACUCUUCACGUGAGACUAAACCAGAGUGCUUGUAGCAUGAACCUUUAAAAGAUACGUGCCAUAAGUGGCGAGCAAAUUCUUUGCACUUUAAUGUUUACAGACACUUUUGAAAACUUGAUAUGGAGGAAGUUGUUGCCAAAUGCAGGUGUUGUUAUUUGAA